GGUUUGAGCUUUUUUAGAGCGCACUUCCUCCUGUCCUUUUGUUCCGUUUUCCAUCUCGCUUUCUUCCUUCUGCCAAGACUUUCGUUUCUUUCUUGGCGUUUACCUCUCGUUACUUCCCUGCUUUCACGAGGCUGAUUCUACGAGGCUUCACUUAUUUCCAGGCUCUCUUUAUCAUCUCACAGAUUUCUUAUCCAUUUUCUACAUUCGCUCUAUUUGUCUCGAGAUGAAGCAAAGUUUAUUCUUGACAGGUCUUGUGGCCGCUGCCCUUUCUACUGGCGUCGCUGCAUCUGGAUCACCUGUGGUUAAACCGCGAGCAACCACGACCGUCACGCCUAUCACUGUUACGGGCAAUGCAUUCUACCAAGGCUCGGACAGAUUCUAUAUUCGAGGCGUCGACUAUCAACCAGGUGGAGGAACUGGUGUUGAGAGCGAUCCAAUUGCAAACGCCACAGCUUGUGCUCGUGACAUUCCAUAUUUCACCAAGCUUGGUAUCAACACAAUCCGAGUGUACGCAGUGGAUAAUUCAAAGAACCAUGACACCUGCAUGAAUGCCCUGGCCGAAGCUGGAAUUUACCUUGUUCUAGACACGGACACUUCAAAGUACUCCCUCAACCGAGACGACCCCAAAGAAUCGUACAACAGCGUUUAUUUACAAAGUGUUUUUGCGACCGUCGAUGCAUUUGCAAACUACACCAACACUCUUGCGUUCUUGUCAGGAAACGAGGUCAUCAACGAUGUCAAUAACACCAACUGUGCCCCAUACGUAAAGGCUGUCGUACGGGACAUGAAGCAAUAUAUUGGAGAUCGGGGAUAUAGAUCUAUUCCAGUCGGAUACUCAGCAGCAGAUGUCUCACAAAAUCAAGAGAUCUUGGCAGACUACCUCAACUGCGGAACUGAUGACCAAAGAUCAGACUUUUACGCAAUCAACGAUUACUCGUGGUGUGAUCCCUCGUCAUUCACUACUUCUGGUUGGGACACUCUCGUGGAAAACUAUACCGGCUACGGUAUUCCUCUCUUCAUGUCUGAAUAUGGCUGUAUCACCAACAACCGAACUUUCGAAGAAGUCUCUGCUCUCUACAAUACCGAAAUGACUGGAGUUUUCUCAGGUGGUCUUGUGUACGAGUACUCGGAAGAAGGAAACGGCUACGGGCUUGUGACCAUCGAUGGCGAUACGGUCACACCUAAUGCAGACUUCACAUACCUCUCUUCGGCCUAUGCUGCACAAACAAACCCAUCUGGUGAUGGAGGAGCUAGCUCUACUUCAGCUGCUACAACUUGUCCCACUGAGUCUUCAGAAUGGGACGUCGCUAACGAUGAUCUCCCUGCGAUCCCUAGUGCUGCCGAGAAGUAUAUGAGCACUGGUGCGGGUACAGGACCCGGAUUGGAUGGUGCUGGGAGUCAAGAUGCUGGGACUGCGGAUAACGAGAGCGCUGGAACCGCAUCCGCAGGCUCAGGAACUGUGACUGAGACAUCCAGUGCAUCCAGCGGUACCAGCACUAAGAAGAGUGCUGGAGCUGCGAUUGCACCAGUGGACAUGAAGGCAUUGGGUGCGUUUAUGGUGGUCGUUGUUUCUAUGCUAGGUGGCAUGGCAUUGCUUUAAUAACCUGCUGACUUUGGCGCUGGCUUUGGAGGCUGUUUGCUAUUUGCGCAAGACUGUAUAUU